GCUUCACUCCGGAAACGGCGACCUCCUUGUGCUUCCGGCCAACGCUCUCCCAGCAUCCCUUGCGUGCCGGCCUCGCCCUAGCUCGCCCGGCAGCCACGGGCCUUGUGCGCUGGAUUUUGAGCGCGCGUCCGCCCGGGGCUGGGCCUGGGACGCGGCUGCGCGGCAUGGCGCAGCUGGAGGGCUACUACUUCUCGGCCGCCCUGAGCUGCACCUUCCUGGUGUCCUGCCUGCUCUUCUCCGCCUUCAGCCGUGCCCUGCGCGAGCCUUACAUGGACGAGAUCUUUCACCUGCCGCAGGCGCAGCGCUACUGCGAGGGCCGCUUCUCCUUGUCGCAGUGGGAUCCUAUGAUUACUACGUUGCCCGGCCUGUACCUGGUGUCAGUUGGAGUGGUCAAACCCGCCAGCUGGAUCCUUGGAUGGUCUGAACAUGUUGUCUGUUCCAUUGGAAUGCUCAGAUUUGUUAAUCUUCUCUUCAGUGUUGGCAACUUCUAUUUACUAUAUUUGCUUUUCAGAAAGGUACAACCCAGAAACAAGGCUUCUUCAAGUAUCCAGAGGAUCUUGUCAACGUUAACCCUGGCACUAUUUCCGACCCUCUAUUUCUUUAACUUCCUUUAUUAUACAGAACCCGGGUCUGUGUUCUUUACUCUUUUUGCCUACUUGAUGUGUCUUUAUGGCAAUCAUAGGACUUCAGCCUUGCUUGGCUUUUGUGGCUUCAUGUUUCGUCAGACCAAUAUCAUCUGGACUGCCUUCUGUGCGGGGCACAUCAUUGCACAGAAGCUGAGUGACGCCUGGAAAACCGAGCUGCAGAAGAAGAAGGAAGAGAGGCUUCCCCCUGUCAAAGGACCAUUUUCAGAACUCAGAAGAGUUCUUCACUUUCUUCUGGUUUAUUCCAUGUCGUUGAAGAACCUGAGUAUGCUUUUCCUUUUGACCUGGCCCUACAUCCUCCUGCUGGUUGCAUUUCUUGUUUUUGUGGUAGUUAAUGGUGGGAUUGUUAUUGGUGACCGGAGUAGUCAUGAGGCCUGUCUUCAUUUUCCUCAGUUAUUCUACUUUUUUUCAUUUACUGUUUUUUUUUCCUUCCCUCACCUACUCUCUCCUACGAAAAUCAAGACUUUUCUUAGCUUAGUUUGGAAACGUAGAGUUCAGUUCUCUGUGAUUCUGUUAGUCUCGGUAUUCUUUGUUUGGAGAUUCACUUACGUCCAUAAGUAUUUACUGGCGGACAAUAGGCAUUACACAUUUUACGUGUGGAAAAGGGUAUUUCAGAGACAUGAAAUUGUGAAAUAUUUAUUAGUUCCAGCCUACAUGUUUGCUGGUUGGACCAUAGCUGACUCUUUGAAAUCAAAGUCAAUUUUCUGGAAUUUAAUGUUUUUUGUAUGCUUAGUCACUUCUACAGUUCCUCAGAAACUACUGGAAUUCCGUUACUUCAUUUUACCGUAUAUUAUAUAUAGGCUUAACAUACCUCUGCCUUCCGUAUCUAGACUUGUUUGUGAACUUGGUUGUUACACAGUUGUUAAUUUUCUAACUUUUUAUAUCUUUCUGAACAAGACUUUUCAGUGGCCAGAUAAUCAGGACAUACAAAGGUUUAUGUGGUAAUGGCAGCAAUAAUUUGAAUUUUAAAAAUAGACUUUCUACAACAAAUAACUGGGUAAGUAGAAGUGGAAUUCCUUUUAGGUAAAUUCAGGGAAGUUGAAUAAAAAGCAUUAAGUUCAAGGCCAACCUAAAAGCCUGAGUAAUGAUCAUAGAGUAGCUAACAGCUGUCUGAGAAGCUCUGGUGCUGCCAGCUUCUCAGGUCUGGGCACUUUCUGUGUGUGCACAUGGAGGGUGCUGGGAAAGCUCCGCAGCCCUCGAACCAGCUGAUGUCCUUUUGUAAAGGACAUCAAAGAAUUUGAAGACCAUUUACAAUGAACUAGCAGUAUUUCUGAGUAAGUGGACAGAUAUUGCAGUAAAUAUUGCUCCGAUCUUAAAUUAGAAUGGUUAUACAGGCAUAGCAAAUCAUGAGCUAGAGGCUUUGGGAUGUUAUCUAGAAAUCAAGUUUAUUAAUUAAAAAUGCAGAAGUGGUGAAGCCAUUUGAACUAAUUCUAAAUUUGAUGUUUAUACAGGCCAAAGAUAAACUGUGCUAAUUAGAAUACCUAUUACAGAUAAUCUUUCUGUUAGGUACCUAGGGCUCAUGUACGAAAAUAACUGCAAACCUCGUGGCUUAGAACUUUCCCUCACAUGCUUACAGGCAGCAGCACCUGGACUCAGCGCUACCAUAGCUCACACCUUCAGGAGAUGGGAGUCCACUGUCCCCUUCAGCUCACUCCAGCAAUUGUUUGGGGUGCCUUAUAUUUGCACAGGUCCCUCCAGUCUGUCAGUGUCUUCACAGGGUUGUCUCUAUGAACUUCUUAUACAGAUAAGGCCUUUCGAUUUAGGGAUCCUCUAAUUCAUAUAAUUUAAAUUGCCCCUCUAGCCAGUCAAACCAUAAGAACUCAGAGGUGAGACGUUAUUGGUUCAGCUUUAUCUUAUAAUUUAGGGAACAGUAUUGGAUAUGACUCUGGGUUUUUCUUUUUGUCUUUUGGCUCUUUGUUUACUGUUUAUUCAUUUUAUUAAAUUUGAAUUUAAUAAAAUGAAUUAAUACAUUUAGUAGAAGUUUUUUCAUUCAACUGUUACUCCAUUACAGACACACAGACACUUGAUUAGUUGUGUGCUGUGACUGUAAACCCAGAACUGUGAAUAGAGCUUACUUUUUAACCCAUUUUUUUUUCUGAGUUUUACACAUGUGCACAUACACGCACACACAUGCACACACAAAGGGACCAAAAACUUUGCUUUUAUUGUUGGAUUAUGUUUUCUUCGAGUUAUAAAUAUGUGUAAAUUUGUAUAUAAGUUUAAAAGCUACUUGAAUAAAAGUUACAUAGUUCUAAGUGGUCAGGCAGCACAGACCAUUGCUUUUUGAUACUUAGAAGGUGACUCCAGUAAAACAGCGAUGGAGUUGUGAGCAGAUCCGAAGGCGUCCCCCAUUUCUGCCUUCACAAUCGAUUUAUUAUGAUAGAGAACUAAGUCCAGGAAGGUGAGAUUGCAAACACGUGCAUUUGAAUAAAGCAACUGCUGUCUGCUGCUCUCCUGCCAGGCCUUUUAUAUCUAGAAACACUGAGGGGAUGGAGGAAAGAUUUCGUUCCACGUGAUGAAAGGAGACUGCUUUUAGAGGUCCUGUUUUCUUCUGGUUGUAAGUGUUGAGUCACUUCUGAAUUAGACAUUGUGGAGGUCUACAGGGAGAGAAGGGAGCAGUCUACACUGCUUUCCAUAAGUGUUGAUAGUAGGACUUGGCAUUACAGAACAGGAGGCCAUGAAUUACAAGGUGCUAUUUAUUUUUCACUAUGAUUUAAAAAUGGAUGCAUGUUGAUGCUUUAUAGCGUAGAUGCUUCGUUAAAUUUUUCUGGGCAGUUGACAAGAAGAUGGUCAUUUGCUGGUGAAUUUCUCAGUCUUUGUCACUAAAUGACAGCAGGUGUCACUUUUGGUUAUUCAGAAUAACAGGUUCAUCUCGGAAAUAAUUUCUCCGGAAAGAGCCUUGCUUUUACAAAUAUUAUAAAUUAUAUUUCUGAAAAAGUUUGAAAGUUUUCCGAAAAUUAAGUAUUUUUACUUAUUAGACUUAAUUGAAUUUAUUGAUUAAUAAGUGAUUAUAAGCACAAAGCACCCUUGCAGGGGACCCUAAUGUGGUUCCUAACCCUAUCUAUCCAGGGCAGCAUAUCAGCCCUGUCAGCUCCACCUCUAGGAGAUCUCAGACCUCUGACUUCUGCAACCACCUGUACUCCUGCAUAUACCUCACUGCCCCACACAUAAGUAAGUUAAAAAUUCUCAAAGGUGGUUGUAGAAAAUGUACCUCCUGCUGAAGGACUUGUGGAGCCCUGCAGUCUUUAUCACUCCUCUUCCAGUAGGUAGUUUUAAAGUGUCUCAUUUGAAAGGCCUAGCCUUGAGCUUGAGUAAUCAAGUUAACCAGCUCUACCUUAUGUGAAAAUCCAUAGGCAUAGACUGUCAUUCCCAGAUAUAUACAGUGCAAUGUAUUUUGCUCGCAUUUAUGCUUCUUUGGGUACUUCUUUUAUGGCUGUGCCUCACUAAAUGGUGUGGAAAUAGUGUUCCUUACAUAAUAUGUUGUAGUACAUAAUAGUGCAAGAGGAAUUAUUCUCAUAGUUACCUGUGUUUAUCCUGUUAUAAAAUACCCGCUAUAAACUAAUGUCUAUAAUGUAUUUCUAGUGUAAGCUUAACUGACAUGACAUUGUGCUCACCCUAAUUGUCUAGAGAGAAGAGAAGGAAUCCACAGCUUUAAUGUAGAGUUCCUAAAGAGCAAGCAUGUAAUUUAGGUCCACCUCAAAACUACUCAGAUAAAAAGAAUAUCACUAUUAUCUUUGAAGCAAUUGGAAUGUCUCUAAAUGAUUUUUUAAAAAGUGGACGUGAUAUUUUACCUAGAGGAAAUUAAAAUAAGAUUGUAGAUUGUACUUGAUUUUGGUACCAGAAUAAAGACAAGUUGUUGAAGGACAGUUGUUUAUUCCUAAUUGCAAAUGAGAAUGUUAUGUCUGAAUUCUGGUUAGUAUCUGAUGUAUGUCUUACCCAUUUCAACAUGGAUCCAUACCCAUUACACAGCCAUAAAGCGCGUAAAUACAUCAUAUGUUACAUGUUGGAUAAAUGUAUAUUGAAUGGAGUUUUCAGCAUAGAAGCAAACAGGUAUCCUAUAAAAGAACUGUAUUACCAACUUAGAAAGUAAAUUGUGUUUUAUAAUGAGAGCUACCCUAACACCUCUUCUGUCUGUUUUCUGAGUAUUAUUUCCAAUAGUAUUUAGUACAAAUGUACACAUUUAGUGUAUAUGUGCUACCUGCAAUAGGAUAUGAUUUUAAUACUAUUUGAAACACAGUCAUCUCAAUAAUUAUAAUAGAAGUUUUGAUGAUUUGUGAUUCUUUAAUUAUGAAAUUUCAGCUGGUUAGAAACGUCUGAUGUUCGACUAUUUUAGCUCUAGGAAGGAAUGAAUUACUGUAUUUGGGUGAUUUUUAUGUAUUUGAAUUUGAUGGCAAUAUGUUGUUGAGAAAUAUAUAUUAAAUUAGAUAAUGAUGAUAUUUUAAUAUACCCAUGAAUCCUGCACUAAGUUCUGUGAUGCCUGAAAGUUACUUCUAAAAGUAAAUUUUGUGAUAAUUUGGUAAUCCGAUAAUAGUCAAUAUUUUAAAAUAAGAUAUUGAUCAGUGGUAGUUAGUUCCUUCAGCACUGUUAAACCAAAAGUAGUUAGGGUAUGAUUUUUUUAAAAAAAAGUUAUAUUAAGUAUUACAUCAUAUUUGUAUUUGGAAAUUUGAGUUUAUUUGAGCUGUGUGUUUAUCACUGUUUAAGAUGAGUAAGAAUCAAAAAAAAAUUCCAGUAGUUGUCUUCAUCUAUUGAUGAUGUUUUGCUGUUAAGAUUGAUCUGUCUGUCAUCUCUCUACCUACCUGCCUACUACAUGCUUUUUCACUCGAGCCCACUCACAUGCCUAUGAUGUAGAUGCUGAUUUCUUUUUUGACUGUUGGAGAAGCUGAAUGCUAGCAUCCUGGUGACUCUCCAAAGUCCAUUCCUUUUGUCAUUGAAUGUAAAGCUGUGAGCUUUUGCUAUUCUGCCUCAAUGUCGAAGUUCAUUAAGAGAAAACAGGGAGUGAAGUUUCCACUCUGUACUGGUCAGACCCCUUGUGUUGUAUUGCUGAUAACUUACAUGUUCCUGAAAAUGUUAGAAGCUUUUCAGAGGUGUACAGAUAAAAUGAUAAAUACUACAUGGUUUCAUUACAAGACAAAUUGCUUUAAAAAAUUCUCAUUUUUUAACUUGGAAAAACAGCUCCAAUAACAGUAAGUUCUUAUUUUAAAGGCAUUAUACAUUCUACAUUGCUUUUAAUGUAAAUUGGAGAUUGACAAAUAGGUUUCAGAUCACAAGAAAAAUGCCUUUGUUUUUAAUUACUUGGUCUUUUCAGGGAUAUCAAACUCCCCAAAUAAGUUUUGUAUUUACUGAAAACAUUUCGUCAGGAAAGUCAAUGACUAGAAAGAAUAGAUAUGGCAUAGUUCCUUUGCCAGAUGUCUCACAACCUGCCAUUUUAAGCCUGUGGUUUUGAAGCUGGUUUUCUUUAUGUUCUUUGGUAAGAUAAGUUCAAGUAUUUCUUGAAGUAUCCUGCCUUUGAUAUAGUUUGUUUCUGAAUUAAAGUAGAACUUUUAGUUCUUGUUACCCUAUUUGUGAGACAAAUUUGAGUUGUGCAACGUAGCCAAAGGUGAUACAAUAUUUCAGUGUACCAAUAAUACAGUAUUUAUCUUACCUACAUUUAUAUUUCUUUGUCAGUGGAAAAAAAAAUGUGUUUGUGUUUUCCCUGUACUUCUAAAUAGGAAAGUACUGUCUGUAUACAUUUUUAAUGAAGUGUUUACCAGGUGAUGACAAUGUGCUAUAUUUUGAAGCGUUCUUGUAAUUUAACUUUUUUUUUACUAGUCUAGGUUAAACUUUUUAUAGUUUUGUAUUUUGAACCACGAAGAUUUAUAAUUAUUCACCUUUAUUAUUGUUUGUUUUUUAGGAAGGGUCUCAUAAUCCAGGCUAGCCUAGAAUUUGCAAUGUAGCCAAGAAUGACCUUGAACUCCUGAUUCUUUUGCCUCUACCUCUGGUCUGCUGGGAUUAUAGGCAUGCUGCACCAGGCCUAGUUUAUGCUGGGGAUAAAACAUACACCUUAACUGGUCCUGCUUAUUAUACUGUGACUCAAAAUGUUUUCCUGAGUUACAUGAAGUGAAGGUUAAUGUAAAAACAAAAAUCACUUAUUCCAUAAUUAUGUCUCAGAUGAUAUAACCUAACAUACCGUGCCAUGGAAUUGUUUACCUCACGGGUUUUAGGAUUGUUUCCAACAGUAGUGAUGGGUUUGGAAACUGCUUUACGGCUACUGCUGUUAGUCUUUGCUCGCUCACUGUAUCUCAGUUCUCUGGUAUUAACUCUACCCAUGCAUGGAGAAACUAUGCCAAGAGAGAUUAUUUGUCCAAUAUUACAGAGUAGCUGGUUGAGCUUAGGUUUAUGAAUAGGCAACCUGAGCAUAAUCCUGUGGUUGUUUGGGGGAGUGAGUAAAGGACACUAAACCUACCUUCACUUUUGUAGCAUUUUAGGGGAAAAAAUGCCAUGGAACUAUAAUUAGAUGAACUACUUUUCUAGCUCAGACAAGUGAGGCACACACUAACUGGCUCUUCUAGAGCAGACAAUCUUCCAUUUCCCAUGUGUCCAUCAGUGCUUCAGAUUGUAAGUGGACACAAAAUCUACAAUGCAGGCUGAAGUUUUCAUUCCUAUUAAUUUACAAGGAAGCAAAGAUCUUUGUUAUCAAAUAGAGAUGUAACUGCUUAAAACUUAAUUUCUCCAAAAAACUCCUAUUUUGGAAAAAUGGUUGUUUUAAAUGAUCUGUGAUUUUUAAACCUUUCUGGAAGAAUUUGAUCUUUGUUUUAGAACUAUAAAUAUGUUUUAAUGUGAUUUUUAAGGUUUUACAUUUUAUUAAAGACUGCAGUGUUUGACUCUGAAAUUGUAAUUCAUGUCAUUUAAACUUAAUUAAAUCUAUUUAUAAGAAUAAAAACUUUUUAAAUAA